AUGCAUACGAUAGGACGACAAAAUACUCUGGCAACGAGGACAGGGGAAGACAAAGACUAUAUACACACCGGGGAGGGGAACACAGGUGGAAACAAUCAGGAAUCAGGGAAGAAACCAGACCAUGACACAGGAGGAAGGGCAAUCCUUAUAAUGUGUGGAAAUCUUCUUGUAAUAAUCUCCAUCAUUUACUUCAAACAACUCCACACUCCUACAAACUACCUCAUCCUCUCUCUGGCUGUGGCUGACCUGCUUGUUGGGGUUGUAGUUUUGCCUUUCAGCAUAAUACUGACUGUAACUUCAUGUUGGUAUCUUGAAUAUUUACUCUACAGAUAUUACGCAGUGUGUCAGCCUCUGAGCUAUAGAACUAAAAUGAAUGUUCAUGUUAUUGUUGUCAUGAUCCUGUUGAACUGGACUGUUUCUGCUCUUCUUGGAAUUGGCAUCACAAUACGGGGAUUGAAUGAAGGGAAAUCAAAUCGGUGUGUUAUAUUUCAACAUACAAGUUCAGCAAUUAUGGGAACUGCUUUUGUUUUUUAUAUCCCAGCUUUCAUAAUGUUCUCCAUCUAUCUAAAGAUUUUCAUUGUGGCACAGAGACAGGCACGCAGCAUCCAGAACACAACCUGUCAGAGAAAAAAGUCUGGAGCAGCUAUCAGUAAGAGGGAAAGAAAGGCCACCAAAACUCUGGCUGUUGUUAUGGGAGUAUUCCUCAUCUGUUGGACUCCUUUCGUCCUUUGCAUCACAUCUUACCCUUUGAGUAAUUACACAACACCAGUUCCUUUGAUUGAAACAUUUAAAUGGCUUGGAUGGUCCAACUCAAUGCUAAAUCCAUUGGUCUAUGGUUUCUUUUACCGCUGGUUUCGAUCAUCUUUCAGAAUGAUAAUUUCUGGGAAAAUAUUUCAAGGUGAUUUUACUAAUUCUAAGCUCUUUUGACUCAUUGUUAAAGUGCUGCAAUUUCACUAAUGCUGUA